AAUGACGUUCGUCAUCGUAGGUCGAGCUGAUCAAGCAAAUAAAGUCUAUAAGUACUCCGUGCCGAGGCUCAACGUUUCACUCCCAGGCGAGCAAUCAAAACAUAUCAUGUGGUGUGCACUAUUCCUUGUGUUCCUCGCAGGUGCAGCGAACGCAGAGCAAUUCCAAGCAUGGAAAACGGACACGGAAUAUUUAUACAUCGUUCGAGGAAGGACUUUAGCAGCACUUAACGACGUAGAGGACCACUACACCGGUAUAAUAUUGAAAGCAAUGUUAACCAUCCGCCCGAAAAGCAUGGACACGUUGCAGGCGAAGGUGUGGAAGGCCCGGUAUGCUCGGAUUCAUACUAAUUUGCAGGAUGGCUGGAAAACGGAAAUCCCAGACAGCGUGCUCGAUUACCAGCUGCUGCCGAUGUCGGAGAAGAUCUUCGAGAUCGCAAUGAAACAUGGCACCAUUCGCGACGUGAUCGCUGACAAGGGUGUUCCAACGUGGGAGGUCAACAUGCUAAAAAGCAUCAUGAGUCAGUUGCAGGUUGAUACUCAGGGCGAGAAUCUUAUGCCUUCCAAGUACAACCAAAUCCCCGAGGGUGAUAACAUCAGUGCCAUGUAUAAAACGAUGGAAGAUUCAGUGGGUGGACGGUGCGAAGUGUCGUACGAUAUAAAUCCACUUUCUGAAUACAUCAUGUCACAGAAAUCCCAAUAUUUAUUGAACCCCGAGCUCGUGGCCGACCAGAACGCCAUUGACAUCGUAAAGACGAAGAAUUACACGAACUGCGAGCAACGGAUGAGCUACCAUUUUGGGUUUACCGGCUCUAGUCGGUGGGACCCUUCGACCAAUGAAAACAGCGAAUUUAUGUCGAGAUCUUCGAUAAGUCGUAUCAUUAUCACUGGAAAUCUCAAGACUUUUACGAUCCAAUCAUCCGUCGUAACAGACAAAGUAGUUUUAAGUCCUAAUUUUCAUGAGAACGAGAAAGGCAUGGUAGGCAGCAGAGUUAACGUAACACUCCUGAAGAUGAGCCCCAUGCCGACAGAGUCGUGGAUCACUCCCACCAAUGCAGAAUCUACUGGUAAUCUCGUCUACACUUACAACAAUCCAUUCCCCGCUCCCGGCGAAGGUCGUCGUCCAGGGAAAUCUCACUUGGCAGAUGAUAACAGCGCUGAACGUUUCCAUAAUAUUGAACAGAUGGACGCCGCAGAUCAUUACAGUUCGAAGCGAACGGAUGACAGUUCCGAUUCCCUGGAGAACAUCGAGCAAGGGAAAUCCUAUUGGCAACCGCUACCAACGAUGAAUGAACCUGCGUCCAUACCUUUGCUCCCGUUCUUCAUCGGUCAUCGUGGGGAAUCAACUGAGAAAUCCAGCAAAAUCGACGUUGUUGCGACCGUCAAGAGUCUUGCCAGGCAGAUCGGCAGUGAGCUUCAAAAUCCUAGCAACAUCACCGAGGAACAAACUCUGGAUAAAUUCACCACCCUCGCUAGAUUGAUUCGUACGAUGAGCACCGAGCAACUCGCCGAGGCACAACUUCAACUCGGUCAGAAUCCCAAAGAGCUUCAAGCCGGGGUGCACCGUGAUGCUUGGACAGCUUUCCAAGCUGCUCUUGCUCAGGCAGGCACUGGGCCUGCUCUCGUGACCAUUAAGCGGUUGAUAAAGGAAAAGAAGCUGGCGGGCGCCUCAGCGGAGCGGGUCGUCGGCGUACUUUCAAAGACUGCGAGAAUACCAACACCAGAAUACUUGGACGUUUUUUUCCAAAUGAUCACUAUGCCUGAAAUCACCGGGCAGGAAGAUCUCGACGCGAGCGCUUUAUUAGCGUUCGCCGAACUGAUUCGUUAUUCCGGAGUGAAUCGUGCCAGCGCUCACAAUCGUUAUCCGGUACACAGUUUUGGUCCACUUUCGCCAAAGGAGAAUCCCGCCAUUGGCAAUGUUUACAUUCCAUAUAUGUCUGAACAACUGAGGAGUGCCAUGGACGCGAGUAAAGUCUCCAAAAUUCAUAUGUUCAUUUGGGCACUGGGUAGCACGGCUCAUCCUAAAGUUCUCAGUGUAUUCGAGCCCUAUCUCGAAGGAACGUACAAAGCAUCAACUUUCCAGAGGCUUUUGAUGGUAGUGUCGUUGAAAAAGCUGGCUAUUCUUGAUCCCUCACUGGUGCGUGGGGUGUUGUACAGAAUAUAUCAAAACACCGCUGAGACCUACCAGCUCCGUUGCGCGGCGGUAUCGCUCAUUGUGUCAACAAAUCCUCCAGCGAGCAUGCUCCAAAGAAUGGCGGAAUUCACGCAUUACGAUGUCAGCAAGCAGGUCACCGUUGCGGUGAAAACAGCCAUUGAAUCGGCCAGUGAACUCAGCACACCCGAAUUUCAAGACCUUGCGACAAAAGCUCGCAACGUUUUGUCUCUCUUGAAAAAGGAUAUCGGUGGUUCUGAAUACUCUGAUGUUACGUUCUACGAUUACGUAGCUGAGGAGAUGAACAUUGCUUCGACCGGAAACAUCGUUAGUAUUGGAAGCGAGGACAGUAUUUUGCCUCAAGCGGUCUUCACAUCCCUGAGAACGAUGUAUGGCGAUUUCAAAAUGCUACCUGAAGAAGUGGGCUUCAUGAUAUCAAGUUUCAAGGACUUGUUCAAGGGACUCGGGCGUGAGUGGCGGAGCGGUGAGGAUUCGAAAAAGGAGAAUCCGCAUAACUUCUUUGCGCCGGAAAGAAUUGCAAAGAUCUUGAAUUUUGAAACUGGUUUCAAGGACAAAUUCGAAGCUGUCUGGUGGUUGAGUGAUUCAUAUGAGAACUUUUUUUACUCCUUAGACGAGCAGAGUUUGUCCCGCCUCUCGGAUGAUAUAAAAAAGACAAUCGCUAAUGCCGGGGAAGGUCAAGAAUUUGACGAAACCACCUUCCAGUCCAACGACGUAACGCUCAGUUUUCCCUUGGAAUCCGGAUUGCCAUUUUUCUACUUUUUCAAAAUGCCAUCCGUAUCGAAAGUGUCCAGUUCAAUGACGGGAUUCAGCGAUUCAAAAACUAUAGAAGGAUCCUUGAAUCUCACUCUCUUGUACGGUAUUCAACUUCAAUCGAGAUUCGGUGCUAUCGCGCUUUGGGAAAAUCAACAGUAUGUGGCUGGCGUGAAUCAAGACUAUCAGAUAUACUUACCUAUAAGUGCGACAGUCACGUACGACGAUGCGAAGAAACAAACGUCGCUGAAAUUGGAGCCGAUAAACAAAAACGAGAGAUACACAGUGAUGGAAUCUCGUACUGUUCCUUACACCUCCAGAUUCAGCGUCCUCAGUACGUCUCCUGUAAUCACAGAGUCGGAAACCAACGUCUUAACUAAAGGCGAAGUAUGGAAAAAAGAUGCUGGUAACCAUCCGUUCAGAACCCCAGCAUUUAACGUGGAAAUCGAGUCAGAAUUUGACACUUAUUCACUCACAAGUCCCCAUGAAGAUGUUUGGAAGAAGAAUCCGAUUCUCCGUUUCGGACUCGGGCUGGGAAGAGACACUAUCGAGUAUUACAAAACUACGGUUUAUGUAACGCCGCAUCCGGCAAGCUCACAGUCCUUCACAUUGUCUGCCUCGUACGAAACUCUUUUGGACGAUUCGAUGAAACGCAAUGAGAAGAAAAGCGAGACCUUCAAGGAAAAAUCUUUGCAACCGAAAGAUCCGACAAUGAAAGAUCCUAAGCGAAGAAAGCAGCUUCUCGAAGAAGUAGCUUGGGGUAUUGUGGGAGCAGAGGCUUUCGUCGCAGACAUAGGUGUCGAGCUGCCCGGACAAGAGAACAUGAAGCUAGUGAUGACCGUGGCUUAUGCAGACAGCAAGGUCGAUGAAAAAUCUCAGGGCCUUGUGUAUUUGAGGCUCAACAAUUACGGGGAUUCUGGCGAGGUUUGCAUCCGCCUGGAAUCCGAAUCGCUCAAAGCCUCCAUCUUCGACAUGGAAGUCGCUGGAAAAACGCGGCCAAAAUCUACGUGGUUCAACAUCGACGUUCGCGCCGGUCCAACUUGUCCGCCAACUUCUAUCAUUCAGAUCAUGGUCAAUCAAUCCCAGAGCGAAAGCUAUCGGAAAGCUAUGAAAGAAUCGCCUUCCGCUAGCGAAUGCUUGAAUGCAACGACUGGAGGCCGGUUAGCCACAACUGCUUGUCGGGAAUUGAAUGACAAGAUGUCCACUAUGGACGAAGCUGAGAUGACUGUCAGGUUUGGUGAUUAUGCUGAUUCUGCCAAGGUCGCAUUGUCACAGCUCGUUGAAACUCGACUUCAAAAGAUUAAUUCCGCAAUUUUCUAUCGAGGAAUGCAAUAUAACCACGGUUUGGACGACAACACUCUAGAGUUCACCAUGGUCACUGAUCCGUUGGAUAACACUGGUACAUUCAUGUAUCGAUCGACCGAAAAUCAUGUGCAGAUACCUGCAAUUGACUUGAGUUCCUGGCUCUCCAUUAGUAAAUGGCUCUCAAACGUUGACCCUGAUCUUUCACCAAUUGAGCGUAUGGACUUGAAGCUCAACGGUUUGUCUGCCAGUGAACGAACGUGUAUCAUCGACACUAAUUCAGCAACAACGUUCGACCAUAGCACAUACCCACUCGAUCUUGGGACAUGUUGGCACGUCGUUUUGAGUACAAAUCCCUUUGACACGGAAGCGUCUCCUUGGAGCUGGAAGCCCAGGAAAGCCGUGGAGCUUUCGAUCGUUGCUCGAGACGCCGAGGACAAGAAAAAAGAAUUUUUAAUAGUUUUCGGAAAUACGGAACUCCGGUUGAAACCCUCGAAAAAUGGAAUAGUCGCGAUCGUCGAUGGAGCCGAGAUUAAUUUUAUUGACACACCAAUAUACAGACACAAGAUUGGAGAGAGUAUCGAGUUCGAGGUUUUUUCACGGCCAGACGAUUCCAUCAAAGUAACCUCUUCCAAAUUCGAUAUUGACGCCAUUUACAAUGGACAGGACCUUCGCAUAAAGGCAUCAGACUACUAUCGAAAUGAAGUCCGAGGUCUGUGCGGCAAUUACAAUGGGGAUCCGGAAGAUGAUUUCGUCAAUCCAAAACAGUGCUUCGUCGAAAAGUGGGAAGAGUUCGUUGCAUCGUAUGCUCUUUUAAGGGACGAUUGUCAAAGCGUGGCCCAAGACAGGUCGAACCAACUUGACAAGGAGACUGAGUGUCGUCGCAAGGUCAUUCGGCCUAAUAAUGUGAUCACCGAUUGGGAGGCAGGGCGGAGGAAUCGCAGCUUCGGAUCAAGCAGCUGGGGAUAUCACCCGACAAAAUCUCGUAUUUAGACGGAAAAGGUGGGCAAGGAGCUGUCACGUUGUGGAACAUCGUAGAGGAGCUACCUUAAUUUGAAACUCUUGCCAAUUUAACAGCCGCCAAUAUAGUGGUUAAUCAAAUUGUCAUUUUGAUUGACGAUUCAAGAAAGCUUUUUGUCGAAGAUUGUAAUUAUUCGUAUUCAUGAAAAUUGGCGAAAGCAGAAUAAAUAAUGAAUCCCGAAAAA